UCCCGGCCAAGGGACUUUUUCCUUCCAGUGCUGUUUCAACACCUCCUUUCUCCCUCACGUCCACAGCCAAUAAAAAGCGCCACGUCCCUCUGUGCCUGCAGAACGAAGACUCGGGGAGAUCGAGCGAGACCCAGGUCAUUGUCAAGGUUCUUGCUUGGGGAUUUUAACGGAAGGCCCCACAGGAUGUUCCGGCUGGCCGUGUUCCUCUGUGCCCUGUGUGCUGUCUCAUGGGGGUUUUUCUGCCUUCGCAUUGUCAGCCCCGGCAAAUGGGGCGGCCGACCCGCCAACUGCUCUUCGCCUCUCAAGGCCGUGCAGACUGGGUACGUCAUCAUCCUCCACACGGCCGGCGGCAGCUGCAAAACGGGGGCUGAAUGCAACCAGCAGAUGACGAAUAUCCAGCAUUACCACAUGAACAACAAGGGCUGGUGCAACAUUGCCUACAACUUCCUGAUUGGUGAGGAUGGGAAGGUGUAUGAAGGCCGAGGCUGGAAUACGGAAGGCGCUCACACUUACGGUUACAAUGAUAUCUCUCUGGGCAUUGCCUUUAUGGGCGACUUUACAGGAAGGUCUCCCAACGCAGCGGCCUGGAUAGCUUUGAAGCACCUGCUCCACUUCGCUGUCAAGAAUGGCUACUUGUCUUCUGACUACCUCCUCAUGGCCCACGGGGAUGUCAGCAAUACCAUUUCUCCCGGGCAGCCCAUCCGCAAGGUCCUCAAGACGUGGCCCCAUUAUAAACACUGAGUGCCACCAGCCUGAUGAACGACGCGCGUGGCUGUUGAAAGCCGAGGAUGCUGGCCAAGGGAUCAGGCUCUUUUCAUGUGCUUAGUGAAUCUAGAGAGAGAGUUUGACUCUGAAAUGUUUCAGGUUGGGUUCUCAGCCCCAGUUCUGUCUGCUGAGCAGUGCAUGGGGGAAACGAUUUGGCUGCAUCCAGCCAGUUGAGAGCCCCCCCGUUGAAAUUCUGACCUGGUGUCAGACCAACAGAGAAAAUUCUUCUGCCGAUUGCUCAGGCACUUGAAACCCAUUGAUUUCAAUGCAUUUUAGGCACCUUGUUGCUUUUGAAAAUCCUCCUAGGUACCUAAAUACUUUACAAAUGUGGCCCUUCGAGACCAUCGCCAGCUGCGGUUAAUUAGAGCAGCCCCUAGACUGCUCUAAUUUAUGUCAAGGCUGGGUCUGGGCCAGCAUGAGAAUUCAAGGGAGAUCAGUGGCUCCUGACUGUCCUCUUCACCUUGCACCAAGUGUAUCUUGCUGCAGGGGAGAAUGUGGCCUGUAGCAAUCAUUUUUUUUUUUUAUAUUUGAGUGAAAUUCAGUCCAGGGCAGAGGAGCUGGCGCAAGGUUUAUGGCUCAUUUAAAGCACGAAGACCAGUGGUGAUGCAGGGACAGGCACUGAGGGUUUCCAGCUUCCCUCAUCUGUUUAAUUACGAAGCUGAGAGAUCAGCAAAACAAACUUGGCGUAAUUAAGGACACGGGCUAGCCCGGAAAAACAAUGCAAUAGAUGAGCUCAUCUUGCUUGGCCCCUCAGCUGACAGCGAUUUAGGAACGGUUAAUUAAUCCUACCUACACUCUUGCUGGGAUGUAGGUCUAAUUUACAGAUGAGUAAACUCAGGGUCAUUGACUUUCUUAAGAUUACACAGCGAACCAAUGAAAGAGGCAAGAAUAGAACCAGAAAGUCCUAACUCCCCGUCUGUUCUCUAACCCCUAGUCUACACUUUCUUCCCAGAGAUAGGAGUAGAACCCAGGAUUCCUGACUAUCAGCCCCCCCGCCCCUUCUAAUCUCUAGGUUCCACUGAAAUUCAGCACGGUGCAUUUUCUUAUCCAGUCCACCAGAGGCGUGGACUCAGGGUGGAAGCAUUUCUGAUCUGAGGUCAUUGUGUGCUCUGUCUGGGAUGGGGCAGGUACAAUAUGUGGGCGGCCCAAGAAAGGGAGCUCAGAGCCAACCCCAUAAAGAAUUGUAAAUAAAGUGACAGAGGCUGUAUUCGAACCAUGUGCUCAUCUUGUGUAGCUCCUCCGCUCGGGCAGUGCCUGCUUUACCCUCACUCCCCUGCAAAGGUUUUACAGUAGAACGAACCUCAGAGUUACAAACACUGGAGUUAUGAACUGACCAGUUAACCACACGCCUCAGCUGGAACCAGAAGGACACAAUCACGGUCCUGAAUUAAACGUAAACCACUAAAAAAUAAAGGGAAAGCAGCAUUUUAAAAGCCUCUUUUGCAUAAUAAAGUUUCAAAGCUGUAUUCAGUCAAUGUUCAGUUGCAAAGUUUUGAAAGAGCAGCCAGACCGUUUUGCUCAGAGUGACGAACAAGCUCCGUGCCCGAGGUGUUGUAACUCGGAGGUUCUCCCGUAUUUGGUUCUGAAGCUAAUCCAUGUCUUCUUGCCCUGCUGGCCCCCAACACUGCUGCUGAAGCUUCUUGUCCUCACCGGCCUCCAGAAGUCCAUCCCCGUCAAACCCUGACCACGUCCCUGGUCCCUGAACGAAUUCUUCAGCCCCAAUGAAACUAGGGUGACCAGAUGUCCCGAUUUUAUAGGGACAGUCCCGAUAUUUGGAGCUUUGUCUUAUAUAGGCUCCUAUUACCCCCAGCUCCCUGUCCCGAUUUUUCACACUUGCUGCCUUGUCACCCUAAAUGAAAUGUGCCUGGAUUCUGGCUGGGUGGCGAGGAGAGAGGGAAGAGGGGGUGGACUCCAAACCUGGAAACGCGUGCCUGUGUUCCCAUGAAACCAACCGCCCAGAUGGAAACCCCUCCAAAAUCUGGGGUAGUGCCCGCCCUCCCGGCCAACGUUUUCUCACCCAAUCAAUUCCUGCCGUGCCAUUGCAGGGGUCUCGGGCAUUGCAGGAACCGAGGUCUCUCCUGUUCUCUGCCUGUGGAGCCCACAGUUUAGUUUCCUGAGGACUGAAAUUACAGCAAUGCAGGGCUGGAUGGAACCUUGUAAAGUCAUCAGAUCCAGCCCCUGUGCUGAGGCAGGACCAAGUAAACCUAGCCUAGACCAUCCCUGACAGGGGCUUGUCCAACCUGGUCUUAAAAACCUCCAGUGGAAGUGGAGCCAACUGAAAUUUGGGCUUAAGAGGGGGUGAAAUAUAACAGUCUGUGAUAUACGGGAGGGC